AUGGAGACACCAAAGAGACACCUUUCCGGUAGUUUGGCCGCUACGGAUAAACACAAUAAAGCACUGGACUCUUGCAUUGGGUAUAUUGAACCAAAAAUCUUUGCGAAUCAAGUACCUGUGUUCACGCGUCCACAGCAACGCCUUCGUCGUCCUUCAAACUCUAUGUCAUGCUCUCCACCUUUAAUCAAUGAAAUGGCAUCACGAACGACAAAUUACAAUACUUCUUACUAUAAUAGUAACAACAAAAAUACUCUUAAUUUAUCAGAGGCCUUAACAACAGCCACCAAGGCAUUUCUUGAUAUUCUUGCGAAGAAUUUACGAAAACUCAAAAAAAAGGAUGGAAAUAAUUCUUAUCUUGUUGACUCGUUUCCGUUAAAUAAACUGUCUGUAAUUGCAUCCAGGAUUUUAGUGAUGAUUGAUGCGGAGAACUUGGGUGACGAACAACUUCGUGCUGAAAUCUCAAGUCUUCUUGGUGGCGAUAGUGGCGGUGGUAGUAAUCUUAUUUCCUAUGAAUUGUUCGAUGAAAUAAUGGAUGCUGCUAAUGCUGCUUUGGAUCUCGCUGAAGACGACAUGAUUGUUAAUAAUGAGCCAGAUGCUAUAUUACCAAUUUAUGAUCGAAAAAAUGUGGAUGAAGCCAAAUUCACGAAUAAUAAUAUCAAUAACGGCACAACCACCAUCAUCAACGGCAACAAGAAUAAUAAUGGCUUGAAUACAUCUAUAGGAGGUGGUGAGAUUCGAGAAGCAUAUCCGAUUCCUUCUGCACCAUUCCUAAGCGAUUUCGGCGAAAUCAAAAUAUUUUAUCCAGUGUUGACUGGUGACCUGGAUAAUGAACAUGAUGACGAAAUUAUGGCAGACUAUUGGGUUGAUCUUGGAUUUGUUGAUGGAUACUCCCCGGUAUUUUACGGAGAUGAUGAGGAGGACCCAAUUAUGGUUUGA